UCAAAAGUGGGCGGGCUUUGUGCGGACCGAGCGCUCUGCUUCCGGGGCGCCAGUGACGCGCCAACCGCGACCUCCUCCUACCGAGCGCCUCGGACGUCGGAGCUCGGAGUGUCUGCGUCUUUCUCUCUUCCGCGGCUUCAUUCCUUCCUAGCCUUGGUCAUCGUCGCCGCCAUGAACAAGAAGAAGAAGCCGUUCCUGGGGAUGCCCGCGCCGCUCGGCUACGUGCCGGGGCUGGGCCGGGGUGCCACCGGCUUCACCACACGGUCAGACAUUGGGCCCGCCCGUGAUGCAAAUGAUCCUGUGGAUGAUCGUCAUGCGCCCCCAGGAAAGAGAACCGUUGGGGACCAGAUGAAGAAAAACCAGGCUGCUGAUGAUGAUGAUGAGGACCUAAAUGACACCAAUUACGACGAGUUUAAUGGCUAUGCCGGGAGCCUCUUCUCAAGUGGGCCCUAUGAAAAAGAUGAUGAGGAAGCAGAUGCUAUCUAUGCAGCCCUGGAUAAAAGGAUGGAUGAAAGAAGAAAAGAAAGAAGGGAGCAAAGAGAGAAAGAAGAAAUAGAGAAGUAUCGUAUGGAACGCCCCAAAAUCCAGCAGCAAUUCUCAGAUCUCAAAAGGAAGUUGGCGGAAGUCACAGAAGAAGAGUGGCUGAGCAUCCCUGAGGUGGGUGAUGCCAGAAACAAACGUCAGCGGAACCCGCGCUACGAGAAGCUGACCCCUGUUCCGGACAGUUUCUUCGCCAAACAUUUACAGACCGGCGAGAACCACACCUCAGUGGACCCCCGACAAACCCAAUUUGGAGGUCUUAACACACCCUAUCCAGGUGGACUAAACACACCAUACCCAGGUGGAAUGACACCAGGAUUGAUGACACCUGGCACAGGUGAGCUGGACAUGAGGAAGAUUGGCCAAGCGAGGAACACUCUGAUGGACAUGAGGCUGAGCCAGGUGUCUGACUCCGUGAGUGGACAGACCGUUGUGGACCCCAAAGGCUACCUGACAGAUUUAAAUUCCAUGAUCCCUACACACGGAGGGGACAUCAAUGAUAUCAAGAAGGCACGACUGCUCCUCAAGUCUGUUCGGGAGACAAACCCUCAUCACCCGCCAGCCUGGAUAGCAUCAGCGCGCCUGGAGGAAGUCACUGGGAAGCUGCAAGUAGCUCGGAACCUUAUAAUGAAGGGGACGGAGAUGUGCCCCAAGAGUGAAGAUGUCUGGUUAGAAGCAGCCAGGUUGCAGCCUGGAGACACAGCCAAGGCCGUGGUGGCCCAGGCUGUCCGUCAUCUCCCACAGUCUGUCAGGAUUUACAUCAGAGCAGCAGAGCUGGAAACAGACAUUCGUGCAAAGAAGCGGGUUCUUCGUAAAGCCCUCGAGCAUGUUCCAAACUCGGUUCGCUUGUGGAAAGCAGCCGUUGAGCUGGAGGAGCCUGAAGAUGCUAGAAUCAUGCUGAGCCGGGCUGUAGAGUGCUGCCCCACCAGUGUGGAGCUCUGGCUUGCUCUGGCAAGACUAGAGACCUAUGAAAAUGCCCGCAAGGUCUUGAACAAAGCGAGGGAGAACAUCCCUACAGACCGACAUAUCUGGAUCACAGCUGCUAAGCUGGAGGAAGCCAAUGGGAACACUCAGAUGGUGGAGAAGAUCGUUGACCGAGCCAUCACCUCGCUGCGGGCCAACGGGGUGGAGAUCAACCGAGAGCAGUGGAUCCAGGAUGCCGAGGAAUGUGACAGGGCUGGGAGUGUGGCCACCUGCCAGGCCGUCAUGCGCGCCGUGAUUGGAAUUGGGAUUGAGGAGGAAGAUCGGAAGCACACCUGGAUGGAGGAUGCUGACAGUUGUGUGGCCCACAAUGCCCUGGAGUGUGCACGUGCCAUAUACGCCUACGCCCUGCAAGUGUUCCCCAGCAAGAAGAGUGUGUGGCUGCGUGCUGCGUACUUCGAGAAGAACCAUGGCACUCGGGAGUCCCUGGAAGCACUUCUGCAGAGGGCUGUGGCCCACUGCCCCAAAGCGGAGGUGCUGUGGCUCAUGGGCGCCAAGUCCAAGUGGCUGGCGGGGGAUGUGCCCGCAGCAAGGAGCAUCCUGGCUCUGGCCUUCCAGGCCAACCCCAACAGCGAGGAGAUCUGGCUGGCGGCUGUGAAGCUGGAGUCUGAGAAUGAUGAGUACGAGCGGGCACGGAGGCUGCUGGCCAAGGCGCGGAGCAGUGCCCCCACUGCCCGGGUGUUCAUGAAGUCUGUGAAGCUGGAGUGGGUGCAGGACAACAUCAAGGCCGCACAGGACCUGUGUGAGGAGGCCCUGAGGCACUACGAGGACUUCCCCAAGCUGUGGAUGAUGAAGGGGCAGAUCGAGGAGCAGAAGGAGCUGAUGGAGAAGGCACGGGAAGCUUACAACCAGGGGUUGAAGAAGUGUCCCCACUCCACAGCCCUGUGGCUGCUCCUCUCUCGGCUGGAGGAGAAGAUUGGGCAGCUUACUCGAGCACGGGCCAUUCUGGAAAAGUCUCGUCUGAAGAACCCAAAGAACCCUGGACUGUGGUUGGAGUCAGUGCGGCUGGAGUACCGUGCGGGGCUGAAGAACAUUGCAAACACGCUCAUGGCCAAGGCGCUGCAGGAGUGCCCUAACUCCGGUAUCCUGUGGUCUGAGGCCAUCUUCCUGGAGGCGAGGCCCCAGAGGAAGACCAAGAGCGUGGAUGCCCUAAAGAAGUGUGAGCAUGACCCUCAUGUGCUCCUGGCUGUGGCCAAGCUGUUUUGGAGUGAGCGGAAGAUCACCAAGGCCAGGGAGUGGUUCCACCGCACUGUGAAGAUCGACUCGGACCUGGGGGACGCCUGGGCCUUCUUCUACAAGUUUGAGCUGCAGCAUGGCACUGAGGAGCAGCAGGAGGAGGUGAGGAAGCGCUGUGAGAGCGCAGAGCCUCGGCAUGGGGAGCUGUGGUGUGCCGUGUCCAAGGACAUCGCCAACUGGCAGAAGAAGAUUGGGGAGGUCCUUAGGCUGGUGGCCGGCCGCAUCAAGAACACCUUCUGAUUGGCCGGUCUCCAUGGACAGGGCUUGGGCUGCACGGGGGAGGGCGUGUGGAGGGCUCUGGGCUGUGUCCUCCUUCAUUAUCAUCCUCCAUUAAAAGUUUUUAUGUCUUGUGUCAGA